AUGGCAAUGUUGCGGUGGGAAUGUUUGAAUGAGAGAAAACAGAUGAUUGAUUUCAUGUUGACUGUUAAAUACCUCAUUGUGGCUUGUAUAUGUUGGCAACAUCUACAGCAUUUUCUUUCUAAACACAGGUCAGAACUAUGUAAUCCUAAGGCUUCUGCAUCUCCACUGAGUUAUGUUGAAACUGAGCACAUAUGUGGAAGGCCUUUGGGGCUCAGAUUUGACAAGAAAACUGGUGAUUUAUACAUAGCGGAUGCAUAUUUUGGGGUGAUGAUGGUGGGGCCUCAGGGUGGUUUAGCAACAUCCCUUGCAACUGAAGCUGAAGGGGUGCCGCUGAGAUUUACUAAUGAUGUAGACAUUGAUACAGAGGGGAACCUUUAUUUUACAGAUAGCAGCAGUAACUUUCAGAGGAAGUAA